AUGACAAAGAGUGGGUCCGUGGCUAAAAUCACGGGACAUGAACAAGUUGGAGGUUUAGAUAGUGGAAAAGAGGGAGUGGAUAAAGAAGAUGACAAAAAGACUCUUGGAACGAAUGAAAAGUGGGAUAUUAUUGGUGAUUCUAAUUCAAUAGAUGAUGAAAAGACAGUGGAGAAUGAGCACAGUAAAAAACUUAUGCCACCGAUGGAAAAUUUGGAUGGUUAUGGUGCAAUCAAAGAAAGGAUGACACAAGCCCUUCAGUUGACUGAAUUUAAUGUUCUGGCUCAGUUUUGGGCACCUGUGCAGAAUGGUAAUCGGUAUAUGCUCACAACUUCAGGUCAACUGUUUGUUCUUGAUCCAGGUAGCAAUGCACUCAAUCACUAUAGAAUGGUUUCUCUGAUGUACAUGUUUUCUGUGGAUGGGGAGAACGACGAAAUUUCGGGACUCCCUGGUCGGGUUUUUCAGCAAAAGUUACCAGAAUGGACUCCCAAUGUUCAGUAUUAUUCUAAUAAAGAGUAUCCACCACGAGAUCAUGCUCAACAUUGCAAUGUUCGUGGAACCGUGGCUUUGCCCGUGUUUGAAUCUGAAUUUCAGUCAUGUGUGGGUGUGCUUGAGUUGAUAAUGACUUCACCGAAGAUUAACUGUUAG